CUAUUCGGAUUCACAACCCGACCCGUUACCACUUUCAUACCUUUCGCUCCGGCGGUCGACGGAGAGAAGUCGCAACCGAAGAGAAGAGAAGAGCUCUAGGGUUUGAAGAAAAGUAGAAACCCUAUCUUCAGAUCAAAGCUUUCAAUCGCCGUUGGUGAUCUCUUGAGCUCCAGCACGCAGCAAUGGGGAAGAAGCAGCACAGUAAGGACCGGAUGUUCAUCACGAAGACGGAGUGGGCAACCGAGUGGGGUGGCGCCAAACCCAAGGACUCCUCCGUCCCCUUCAAGCGUCUCCCCUUCUACUGCUGCUCGCUUACUUUCGUUCCGUUCGAGGAUCCGGUGUGCACGGCUGAUGGAAGUGUCUUCGAUUUAAUGAGUAUAAUCCCCUAUAUUAAAAAAUUUGGAAAGCAUCCAGUUACUGGCGCUCCUUUUAAGCAAGAGGAUCUUAUUCCCCUCAUUUUCCAUAAGAAUUCUGAUGGUGAGUUCCACUGCCCUGUCCUAAACAAAGUCUUUACAGAAUUUACACACAUUGUUGCUGUAAAGACUACAGGGAAUGUGUUCUGUUAUGAGGCAAUCAAAGAAUUAAACCUAAAAACAAAGAACUGGAGAGAACUUUUGACCGAUGAACCAUUCACUAAAGAUGACUUGAUAACCAUUCAGAACCCCAAUGCACUUGAUGCCAAAGUUCUUUUGGAUUUUGAUCAUGUGAAAAAUAGUCUGAAACUUGAUGAUGAAGAUUUGAGGAAAAUGAACGAAGAUCCAUCAUACAACAUAAAUAUAUCUGGUGAUCUAAAGCAAAUGUUACAAGAGCUUGGAACUGAGAAGGCAAAGGAAGCAGCAUUACAUGGAGGUGGUGGUAGCAAAGCACAAAAGGAACGAGCUGCUGCACUUACUGCAAUUCUUGCUGCAAGAUCUCGCAUCAAAGAGGAUUCAAAGUCAAAUGGAAACGAAAAGGAAAAACCCGGCCAAUCUUUCAGUAUAGUAGAUGCUGCUUCUGCCUCUGUUUAUGGUAGAUCUGCAGCAGCAGCCAAGGCAGCAUCAAGUGAUAAAACCGCAGCUAGGAUUGCCAUGCAUAUGGCCGGUGAACGGACACCUGUAAAUGCAAAACUUGUAAAAAGUCGUUAUACUACAGGGGCUGCUUCACGCUCUUUCACAUCUACCGCUUAUGAUCCUGUCACAACAAAUGAAUAUGAAUAUGUCAAAGUUGAAAAGAAUCCAAAGAAGAAAGGCUAUGUUCAGUUGCACACAUCACAUGGAGACUUGAACUUAGAGCUACAUUGUGAUAUUACCCCUCGGACAUGUGAAAACUUCAUUACUCUUUGUGAACGUGGCUAUUAUGAUGGAGUGGCUUUCCAUAGAAGUAUAAGGAACUUCAUGAUCCAAGGUGGUGAUCCCACCGGAACUGGCAAAGGCGGUGAGUCUAUUUGGGGUAAACCUUUCAAGGAUGAGCUGAAUUCCAAAUUGACACAUUCAGGGAGGGGUAUUGUGAGUAUGGCAAAUAGUGGGCCUCAUACCAAUGGCUCCCAAUUUUUCAUCUUAUACAAGUCUGCAAAUCAUCUCAACAACAAGCAUACAGUAUUCGGUGUAGUUGUUGGUGGUUUAACAGCCCUUGCAGCUAUGGAAAAGGUUCCUGUAGAUGAUGAUGACCGGCCAUUGGAGGAAAUCAAGAUACUAAACUGUAAAGUCUUUGUGAACCCAUACACGGAACCAGACGAAGAGGAAGAGAAGGCAGAAGAAGAGAAGAAAGUAGUUAACAGUGAUGAUGAUAAGGUGGGCUCUUGGUAUAGCAAUCCAGGCACGGGAGCAAGUGGUUCAAUCUCCGUUGGUGGAGUAGGUAAGUAUCUUAAAGCAAGGAGCAACGGAACUGAGAUGACAACCGUAAAUGGUCAAGGUCAAGACAGCAAGAAGAGAAAAACCGACGUUUCCAAUGUAGAAUAUAAAGACUUUUCAGGCUGGUAAAGAGUUAAAACAGGGAUGAUGGAACUCUGAAAAGUGACUUCCAAUGAAAAGAGGAACCAAAACCUGAAAAAGUAAGCAUUCAAUCAAAAGAGGAACUGAAAAGUUGUUUUAAGUCUGUUUUGGAGCCGCCAAGGGAAUGUAUUUCACACAAUGCAUGGCUGAAACUCCCAAGCGGAACUUUACUUCCUGAAAUGUCUUCACUCUUUGAAAGUAUAGGAAAUGUAAAGUGGAAGUGUUUUAAGUUUGUUGGGUGUUAAUUGAAAAUUUUUUGAAGGUUGUUUUGUCUAAUGUGAGAAUGAAGUUCAAUCAUAUUCUUAA